AUGGGUGCAGGCUGCGGCGAGAGUUCACCCAACUCUCUUUCUUCCCGAUCAGAAGGAGCACGCAGCCAGAGCGCUCUGGGUUCACUUACGCCUCACUUUAAUCCCACGAUCACGACACCAGGACCACCCUACAAUAUCUCCCUACCCCUCCUCUCCCACCUCCACCUCCGCCUCCCUUUUUCAUUCCUCUUUCCAUCUUCCCCCCGCCUCGACUCCCCGCCGUCCGCUGCCUGCGUGUCGCUACGCCGACACGCAGGCAGCGCUCUCACGUCAACGGCACACACCCCCUGCCCACGCCCCGCCUUCUCCUCUCUUCGGACGCUGUCUUCCUCGCAGAUUGUCUUAGCUUCCUUGCUCCACUCAUUUGCACCCCCCCCAUUUUCCGGCCCUCCGCUCCUGCGGCCCGCAUCUCUUUUCCGUCUUCACGCGCCGCCCUGCGCGGACUCCGCACCCUCCCCAUGCAUCCUCUUCUCCCCUUGCCCCCUGCCCAUCCUCCUCCCACCACCCCUCCCCUUUGCUCACCCCCGCACCCCUCACUCCAGUCGCCCUUUAUCCCUCCACCCCACAUUCCUUAGUCCUGUGGCCACACUCUACCGAUGCCGCCUUGGCUCUCCACCUCACUCAUCCCACAGGCGCCUUUCGCCUAUUCAUCACCUCUGUCCUUCAGUUCACCACCCUUUCUUCCACCAUUCCCUGUCUUUCAUUCCUUCACGCCUCUCCCUUCCUCCCCACUUCCACGACCCCCCUUCACGUGUUUUUGUUCCCUACGGCUGUGCUCUGCCGCCUAUUCUCUCUCUCUCCCAGCCACGGCCGCCCUUUUCUUUCCUGUCCACUGCUCACACCCCCAGGAUUCUCACCUUCCGAGUUCCGGUUUAUGGCACCCUUCCGGUCAUAUAUCCUUGGCCCCUUGGCACCCCUGAAUACUCACCGCACUUUCCCCAUUCCCACCGGUCAUCCACCCUGCCGCCUUUCUUUGACUUUCUCCCGCGCUCUACCCCCCACCAUCCUGUCGCCCACGCUGCCCUGGGAGUGCUACCCUGUCUUUCCGUACCGCUCGCAAUCCCCUCCAAUCACUCUGCCAUCACUCCCCUUCAACCCGCCACCCCCACUACGCCUCCCACACGCCCCACUUACCUCUCUCUCCCACCACCUCCCCACCACACAACACUACCACCACCCCCGCACCCCCCCCACCGGGCGGAGGCCAAUACCAACCACCCACACGCGACCACAGCGCGAGCAUUACUCAACCUCUCCCCACCCACCCUCGCUUCACCGCCCCUGCGCCUUCUCACCCCCCCCUCACCCCCCCCCGCAUUCCACCCCACCCCCCCUCUCCCAUACUUCUUUGCCUCUUCACCUCCCGCACCCCUGUCCAUACCCCCCCCCCCACCCCACGGCUCUCACUCCCUCGCCGCACACCCCUCACACCUUUGUUUCCUCUCUUGUCUCUCACAGCCCCUGCCCCUCCCACACCGCUCCACCCACCUCUGCAUUGUACGACCCCACUUUUGCAUGAGUCGUCUCACCCGCACCCCCCCCGCCUCCUCCUUCGCUCCCCUCCGGCCCACCGGGCGUGCCCACCCCGGCCCCCACUCUCACCCACACCCCCCGCCCUCGGUCCCCGUCAAACGGGGUCCGAUCCCACCCGUCACAAAAACCUCUAUUUCUCCUCCCCCCUCGGCCCCACCCCCGCCACUGCAGUCAACACUCUCCCCCCAUCCGAACCGCCGGCGCUUGCCACACCGAAAUCGCCCCACACACCACCCCCCCCACCCCCCCUCCCGUCUCACGCAAGCCAGCGCACUGCACCUCCCACCGCCACCCCUCACCCCCACCCACCACCACCCCACCCCCCAUCCGCCCCGCCCGCUCAAGCCCGCCCCCCUCCGCCCGCACCCCACCUCCGCCCCCGCCCGCCCGCAUCACACCAGAACACAACAGCAGACAACAGACACCAACACGCACAACAACUCUCUGUCCUCGGCACGCCCCCUCACACCGCUAGCCACCCAACUGAGACCAUAG